GUUCAUGUGAUGAAAAACCUUUCGAUGAAAAGUCGCUCGACGAAAAGUCCAUGCGAUGAAAAGUCCGUGCGAUGAAAAAAUCUUUCGACGAAAUGUCGUCGAUGAAAUGUCGUUCGAUGAAAAUACGUUCGAUGAUUUAUCGUUACCUCACAUGCAGUCUCGAGACAGACGCUAUAAAAGAAUUACACGCCAAUCAAGCUGUGCGAGACUUGCUAAUGUAAUGUUUGCAUCACGAGUAUUCACCAUGUAACUUUCUAGUAAACCAGUUUUUGAAAGUGAUGAAAUGACUCAAUUAUCAUAUCAAUCACAUGUAACUUAUGUAGAUAAUGCAGUGAAUCAACUGCGAAUGCGAUUCUUCAGCUUCAACACACAUUAUGCCUGCAUACUGUUAGAUUAAUUAUCCGUUUUGCUAAAAAAAUUACUAAGCUCCAGAUUUCAAACGACAUACUUUUGGAAGCUAUACCAAAAAGACAGAACGUCGUAAAAUUCUCAAAAGCGGUCAUUUCUACAUUCAGCUAGAGGACAAUAUACUCGUUUUUCAGACAGCAGCUAUAUUUCUCGAGAAAAUUGUUACGGAAAAAAACACCUUUUCGAUCCAGAAACACGAGACGGCGAUAAUUGCUACAAUGCGAUUUGUUUUGUAUCGCAUUAAAUAUCGUGCACCAGUGUUACAGUGUUUUGGAGCAACAAAAUGUGACUUCUUCACUAUUUAUGUUACAUGAGAAAGAGAAAAAAGAAAGUUUUAUUUUAUGUGUAUUCUGCUUAAUGAAAAAUCCAAAGAAUGAGAAAAAGAAAAUCUUUUUAAUGUUUUUGCUACAACUUGAUAAGAAGUGUAAAAGAAAGAUCAUUUUGUUUCAACAUAAAAUUUGACUUUCAAAAGAAAGAAUAAAAUUUUCAUUCAUUUUCUAAAACUCAGAAUACGACACGUAAACUCAAUUGUGAGUAUGUGUACAAUGUUACCAUGUUUUUUUAACUUUUCGUUUCUUAUCUGCCACCGUCUUAGAUCAUGGACCAUGCUGUGGUAGUAACGGAACAACAAAAUCGAGAACCAGCACAACAACCAUCAACAAAUAAUCCAAGUGAUCCAUCAAAUAAACAUUCAGAUGCAAAUGCAACCGUUACUAAUUCAGCAGCACCACCAGGUCAGAGUUCUUCUACGCCUGUCAGAGCGGGUGAUACAGAGCAAAGCCCAGCUGUAAAUCCAAAUUAA